AUGUCCAUGAGAUUGAUCCCCAAAUCAGACUUCCAAUCAGAAGUCAAUGCCACCAAGUUUGAGACCUCUGCAGUCCAUGUUGACCUUCCUGACACCUUGCGUGCUGGUAAAGGCCCCCUUUCGAUUGCUUCACAAGUCAAUGGACAUCAUCCGCUCGAACAGCGUCUUGCCAACUGGGAAGAAACCCAACACUCCCGUAAGCUCGAACAAUAUAAGCGUAUGUUUGGGGCUGCUGAACCGAUCAGAAGAGUAAUGGAAUUACAAAUUGUCGAAAAGACCGAUUUCAAACCAGCGGUAUUGACCGAUGGGUCCAGAAGUUUACAUCAAGACGUGUUACUUGGGAAAGAAAUGAGUGUUGAUUGGGAAGAUGUUUACACCAAUAUCGAUGAAGAAAACCCAAGGGAUUUCCAUACUGACUUGGAAAGAAAAGUGGGUAUCUGA